UAGUUAUUGACAUGAAGGGAGCGGUGGGGUUUUAUCUCACAGCACUCACAUACGUUUGAAGACAAGUGUUAAUCCUUGAGAAUGUUAAGUGGAAAAAUGAGAUUUGAUCCCUGUCUUGCUGACAUUUUGGAUGCAGUACUCACUCAAAGCAUUAAUGUCCUAAAAGCCUCCCGUUUAUGGGCUCCUCAUGGGAAGCAUUGAGGGAAACGAGGAAUGAUGGCGAGCUGCUGAAGGUACUUUAAGUUGUGUGGUAAUUUAUAUAAGUCCACCACAGCACCAUAGUGUUUUUUUUAUUUUUUCGAAAAGAAAGAAAAAAAUAUAUAGUAAUAUUAUUGUAACUGAAGUACUCUAUAUACUGUAGUACUAUGUGGGUAAGUUAGCUUACCGGAAAUGUGUAACAUUAAGGAAGUAAUAGGGUUUUAAGCCUUAUAAAAAACCUUUGGUGAUUAUAGUGCUGAGGGUGGUUGAAUAAUGGACAGAGGGAGGGAAAGAAAUAUGAGCUCAGCGGAGAUUGGACUUAGGACGCUGCAUGCAUCACUCAGAAGCCUUUAUAGAUUUCAAUUUUAGCUCUAGAGAAUCAAGAUGAGGAAAGAGCAUGAGGAAGAGAAAGAAACCAGAUGGCAGGACUGACUGUACACUUAACACUAUUUCUGGACACAGACAAAGAUGAGUGUAGGGAGAGAGAUAGGUGUCACCCACACAGGGAGGAGAUAGCAAGGUGAAGGGAGGGAACAUGAGCACUAACAUCACAGAAAGCACUGAUAGGGGCGCCCGAGGCAAGGAGGGACCAAUCAAGAGAAGGGAGUGGAGAGAGGCAGAGCAGCACAACAACCUGAAUAGAGUGUUGUGCUGAAUAACAGUGGAAGAACGGGGAGGACGAAGGGAGGAGGUCCGACAUGUGAAGAAAAAACAGAGGAAUAUAAAAUGUAGCCUGAAGAGAGUGCAAGAAGGACAGAAGUCAGAGAGACGCGGAUGGAUUGCAGUGUUUUUCACUCUAGAAGGAGCCGUGUGUGUGUUUCAUUGUAAUUCGUGUAGCAGGAGACGGAUCCGGUCUUAUUCUGGGAUGUUGGGGUGUAACAGUUUUCAGCUUUGGUCUGCCGACUGUCUCUGCAGCAUUCUGUGUACCUGCACAGUGUUUGACCUUCCCUAGUCAGCAAGCAGUGUCACUGCAGAGAGAAAAAGAACCAGAAAACCAAAGGAGAGGCGGAGGGUGGGAGUGUCUUCAGUAAAAUACAGAGAAGUAGAGUAUCAGUCAGGGGAGUUGUUGCAUUGUGAUAAGUGUGGCGUCCUACCAACCUUUUCUAUACCGCAUGGAGCUUUACUGGAGGUGCAACAAAAGCCUAAAGACUAGAUUUAAUCAACAGCAGCACCCAAAACCUGGGUCCAACACAGACUAAUUGACCGGACAUCAAGACUGAACUGGAAUUUACCAAUUAAAGAGCUGUGGAUUUUCUCCAUCUUUUUUUAUAGUUAUAUUAAAUUAUUUUAACAGACUUUUAACUGUAGGGCUUUGAACCCUCUAGAACCAUGGAUAUGUCAGGCAAACCCCAGGGAUGCCCUGCUCGCGCUGCUAGGUUGGAAAACUCAGGGACGGGGGAGGCUAGAAUGGGAGACGGGAUGAGAAUAGGGGAGAGAGAACCCCCACUGAGGCUGUCACCUUUCCGUAUGCUUAGAGUGCUGGACUCAUGCCGUCCUCCAGGAAACCGUAUCGGUAUUGUCCAUGAGAAUGUGAAGAUGGGUUCAGAUGGGGAGAGUGACCAGGCGUCUGGGACGUCUUCUGAUGAGGUCCAGAGUCCAGUCAGGGUCCGUAUGAGGAACAACCACCACCGACGCAUCUCUAAUGAGGACAUAAACAAACGCUUGUCUCUACCAGCUGACAUUAGGCUUCCAGAGGGCUACUUGGAGAAGUUUGCCAUGAACAGCCCGCCCUUUGACAAACCCAUGAGCCGCAGGCUACGGCGCGCUUCCUUGUCUGAAAUUGGCUUUGGGAAACUCGAGACCUACAUCAAACUGGACAAACUAGGGGAGGGGACCUACGCUACAGUGUUCAAGGGGCGAAGCAAGUUAACAGACAACCUGGUGGCUCUGAAGGAGAUCAGACUGGAGCACGAAGAGGGCGCACCCUGCACAGCUAUCCGAGAAGUGUCUCUACUGAAAGACUUGAAACACGCUAAUAUUGUCACUCUCCAUGACAUUAUCCACACUGACAAGUGCCUGACACUCGUGUUUGAGUACCUGGAAAAAGACCUCAAGCAGUAUAUGGAUGACUGUGGAAGCAUAAUGAGUGUUCACAAUGUUAAGAUCUUUCUGUUCCAGCUGCUGCGAGGUCUUGCAUACUGCCACAAGAGGAAGGUUCUCCACAGAGACCUCAAACCACAGAACCUGCUAAUAAAUGAAAAAGGAGAGCUCAAACUAGCAGAUUUUGGACUUGCACGAGCCAAAUCUGUCCCCACGAAGACCUACUCAAAUGAAGUUGUGACAUUAUGGUACCGACCACCAGAUGUGCUUCUAGGCUCCACUGAGUACUCUACACCCAUUGACAUGUGGGGUGUGGGCUGCAUCUUCUAUGAAAUGAUCACAGGCAGGCCUCUCUUCCCUGGAUCAACUGUGGAGGAUGAACUUCACCUUAUAUUCCGCAUACUUGGUACCCCUACGGAGGAGACUUGGCCUGGCAUUACCACCAGUGAAGAGUUUAAGACAUACAAUUUUCCCCAGUACCACGCAGAACCCCUCGUCAACCAUGCACCCAGGAUAGACAGUGAUGGUCAUGACUUGCUCUCAAUGCUUCUACAGUUUGAAGCUAAAAAGCGCGUCUCAGCUGAGGAUGCUCUCAGACAUUCAUAUUUCAGAAGCCUCGGGGAGCAGGUUCAAACACUGGCUGAUACUGCCUCCAUCUUCUCUGUAAAAGGCAUUCAGCUCCAGAGAGAUCCAGGAAAGAGAUCUUCAGUCUACCCAGAAUCAACGGUGGCCCAUAGGCUAGGCUCAGCACCCUCGCAGUACUUCCCGAGAGAAGCAGCCAAUCCCAGGGCUCAGAGUCACAAUCUCUCCUCCACUUCCACUGGCUGAGUGGCCCCUUCCUUUCUGGUAAAUACGGUCUCUUUCUUUCUGCCCGUCUCUUUCUUUUGCUGCUGUUAACGCUUUUCUGCCCGUCUGUGCCUGGUCGCAGCAGUCCCACGCGACUGGAUUGUUCUCCUGAACCAAAACAACAUUUUACCAUCUUUUGAACUCGCGAGCUUCCAUCCUAUUAUUUUGUCUCUGUUUUUAAAACUCACUGUUUUCUUGUUCCCGCCAGCUGUCUUUUGACAUUUACAGUCUCACACCCACAAGCAUCAUCUUGGCUUACUCCUGCGUAAUCCUGUUCUUGUGGGAGUGAGCCCAGUGUUUAACACAGGGACAAGAGCGAGUUCAAAGUGAAUUCUUUGAUCUGAGAAUGGAGAGUCAUGUGAAUGUUUUCUUCUGUAGUCCUGUUUAGGUUUCUGCAGCGAGAGGUGUAGCCCUUUUGUUGAGUUUGUAAGUGAGCAGUUGUUGUUGUUUUUGUUUUGUUCUUUAGCACAGAUGUGUGUGUAUGUUUAGUGCAGUGCGUUACUGUGUUUCUGGUAAGUAUAAUGAAGCUUCAGCAACAUUCAUGGUUGAUUAAUUAACUAAGUGGCAGUAAAUUAAUUAUGAAGCAGCCUAAAUAUAUAAAUGUAGUACGAUUCAUUGUUUGAGUCCAGUGAAACAAUACAUUUAUAAAAGUCUGUAACCUAUAGAAAAAGGUUCAAAAUACAAAUAGUUGAUUAAUUAGUGUGUUCUUUCUUUUGGAGCUACACUGUAGAAAGAACGCAAACAUCACCUAGUUGUUGCUGAUGCUGACCCUUGUGUUGGAUGGAGAUCAGAUAGAACAGCACAGUGUUAAACUCUGUUCCCACUACAUUAAAACCACCAGAUGAUGACUGAAUAGUUUGUAUUGCUGGCAUGGAGUGAUGUUUGCAGGAGUGUGCAGUGUGUUGUUAGGUUCUAUCAAACCCUCUUUUUACAUCUCUCUCUCUCUCUCUCUCUCUCUCUCUCUGUCUCUCUCAGGCCAGGGGAAGAGCAGGAGGCAGAGUGUGUUGUUUUAGUGCUGGCAGGGGUGCUGAGGCCCUGCCACGCCAACGCUGAAGGAGCGACACACCCUGCUACAUAGACACAGACAACACUAACGCACACACACAAAACCACAAGACAAAACCGUACAGAACUGAGACUGAAGAAUUCAUACUUGACUAAAUCAUACAGACUCCAAAGACUGUAAACGAGACGGGUGCGUGAUGCUAGAAGAGAAGUGGGAGAGCGUACGUUUGUCUCCUUGCUGCUAUGAGUAUUGCUGUCCAGAAGAGGGCAGCGCUGAAGAUGCAGACAUAGCUUUGGAACUGAACCUACUGCAUCUGUUCACUGAGGAAGAGAAGGCAGAGGAGCAUGGAAGGCGAUGGAAGAAGCCUGUCCCUCUUUCUUUGCUUUCAGACUGUUGUACAUACAGAGACUGAGCUGUAAGAACUCUGCUUUUUCAUAACACGCCUCAGCCUGAAUCCAAACUCUGAAUAUUGCACCUCAACUCUAGACACUUGCAUAACCUCUUUAGUAGAUGAUCCUCAAAAACAACACAAUCUUUCUCUCCCUCUCUCUCUCCCUCUCUCUCUCUCUCUGUUGUUCUGUCGCACACAAUUAUACGACAUACAUACACACUUGAAAGUUCACUUGAAAGCUAAGAGUGUUCUGAUCAUUGGAGUUUACAGAGUUGAACUUUAGCACCUUAUUGUCCGGUAGAUGUCAGGGUGGCUGUCCUUGUGUUACCUCAUCAGUUACUCAAGCAGAGUAGGAUGUCAAGUACACACUAUAUAGAUAUUAUAGUGAAAAAGAAUCAUAGUGAUAAACCAAAAAAAAUCACUAACCAUAGAAAAACUGGACAGAUGUGUUGGACACCGCUGUUCACUGUAACAAUCCACAAACAUGUCCACGGCAGGAUGGUUCUGUUUCAAUCACGAAGGACGUAAUUAAAGAGUGAGAAGUGUACAGAUCCUCACCUGCUUCCUCUCAGACACCCCUUGUCUCUCGCCUUGACUCAGACCUUGUGUGACAUGCAGAUGUUCAUGUUGUCCUUUCUUUGCACCUAAUUUUACCUCUUUAGAUUAUAAGUAGACAGCCCCGCCCUCUCAGCCCAACUCCACGUGCAUUUACUUUUAGAUUUUUUUGUAAUUUGUAUAUAUGAUCAUACUUUUUACUAGUCAGAAGCAAUGAAAAUUCCAGGAUGCUGUUCCCGGCCUGUACUGCUUCCGCUGGAACAGUUGACAGCUGACUGUGGACGUGUUGCACAUUCCUUGAGCUCAGGACUUAAUGCUAGUGUGGUUUUGUAGAUGCUGUGAGGUUCGGCUGCUUGCGUGCGUCUCCCCCGUAGAGCAGAGUAUGGCAAACGUGGCCUGAAACCCUUUGCAAAGCUGUAGAGCUUCUUAGCAUCGACCUGUCGUCACGUCGUCAUCUUGCUCGUCUCGGUUCCACCAUGUUGUUCCUGUAAAACUACUUUAUCCAUGUCUUUGCCUGUCAAUUCUUCAAAUAUGCUUGUGUAGUAAACAUACAGAUGUGAAAUAGCUGCUUGUGGAGAAGGAAUACCUCUGGUAGGUUGAACCCAUGGAACAUGACCUUUUAUUGUGUUUUUACACCAGACACCACGUACUCAAUGGCUCCAGAUGAGUCUGAGGACUGAACCUUAACUGAGAUGAAGACAGUGACAACACAGUAUUCAGCAACAGUGUGCUGCAAGUUUGCAUUAUAGAUCUGACUCAUCUCGAAGGUACACAAUGCAAAUGAUCACGUAGGCGCUCAGCUGGACACUAGUUCAGACACUGGUUCAUGCUGUUAUUGUUCUGGCUGCCAGAAAGAACAGGACCAAAGUCAACCCUCCAAGCACCAGGUGUUCAAGCACACAACUGUUUCACACACCAACAUGUCGACAUGCCAACAUGUACUGUAUCUGUGAGACGGCCUGUAGGUGUAGAUUGGAGUUUGUCCUUCCUCAGGCGCUGACCUCGGGUCACUCUGCAGCUCUUUUCCUGCGAUGGACUCAGGGCGGAGUGAUCCCACGCCUGUGCCUGGAGGAGGGACUACUUAUUCACCCAGAGUGUGACAGUAUGUAGCAUGUACAUAGAUCCUCACUCUGUAUAUAUAACCGUGUACAGGUUUGAUACAGCUAUUCACAUUCUGGCUUCUUUAGGCUUUUCUCAUAGCAAUAUUUCUGUGAUCAAUUAAAAAGGUGAUAGGAUGAGUAUCCGUUUGUGUUUAUGUAGAGAGAAGAAAGUGACUGUGAAUGAUCGAAUCGUGAGACUUGACUAAAGUGGUGGCAGUUUAGUUUAGUUAAAUAUUUUAUUUGAUCUUGUUUUGAUUUGUUCUUUGCUGUUAAACAUCCAAAAGCCUGGAGUGUAGUGUCACGCUGCGAAGGAGUGCAACACACUGAUCAUCUUGAUUUUUAUCGACGAAAGCCAUAAAGGUCACAUGCAGACAGAGGUUUUGUGUGUGAGGGGUGUGAACCAUGUAUGAGCACAGACCUUAUGAAGCAAAGAGGAUGUGUACACCUAAUAAAAAGUCAAAAUCACCUGA